CCCGUCACUGGCAUUCUCCCCUCGAGCUAAGCGACCAACAAACGUUACAACGCGGUUUUUGCGGGGCCUUGGAAUUUUUUGAUUAAUGUCUCAAAAACGAAUAUUUAUCCAAACUACAUCAAAUGCAACCGUGCAGCUCCCCUCCCUCCGUAACAGACGGGUUCUUUGUGAUCGCCAAAGGAUCGUACUCUAAUGGGGACCAGAUCAGUUACUACUGCAAGAUGGGAUACGAGCUGACCGGAACAGCAACAAGGUCAUGUGACGGAACGACUGGUGCGUGGAGCGGAUCCACUCCGAAAUGCACCGCGGCGACCACGAUAGCUUCCGUUACCACAACUGCAGAGUCCCCAUCCCAAAUUACAGUUGCCGCUCUAGUUCUGGUUCCUAUGGUGAUCCUGCUCCUCGUCCUGGUCGGUGCUGUAACGGUGUACGGCAUGAAGUACCUUCACUGUCAGAAUGGCUGCAAAAAGCAGACGUUCUGGUUUGAUGGAGAUGAGUACAUCCAGUAUGGUCGCUGGUAUUCCUGCUGCAAUAUUUGUUUGAUCAACUGCUAUGAACUUUGCACGUGUCAGAAUUGCCAGAAAGUACGCCCUUCGGGAAAUCGUAAAGCAGAUGUGUGGAGAUCAACAAAUGGCGGACCCUGGAUGUCAGAAAAUGCCAAAAUGUCGACCCCGUCCAAAAUGUUUUCUAGUUCCUCUGUGGAAUCUAGAAAUGAUGACCAUUGGAGUCCAACUCUAGGUUCCUUGCAUGAAACUUCUCAGACAACGCUAUCCGAUAUCUGAUGUUUAAUAUACCGUAUACGUAUAUUAUACAUGUGCAUUUGUGACUUUUGUCAAAUACUUUUAUGUAUAGAUCCGAAAGUUUUUCUAUUUAGAUUGCUGAUUUACAUACCGGUAUUGUCAUUUGAAUCUUGAUGUUAAACAUGUUUGAAUUUCAGAUUUGAUCAAUUCUUAUUUUAAUUACCUUUAAUACUCUCUCUCUCUCUCUCUCUCUCUCUCUCUCUCUCU